AUGGGUGUAGGCGCGGCUCCCUCCACCGCCGCUGCCGCGGCGGCCACAGGGAACUCAGAGGCGCUUAGGGGCGGCAGUACAAUCACCACCGCUACCUCGAAAACCCUGCCUGCCCCCGCUCUCAACGGCCUCGCAACUUCCUCGUGUUCGCCCACCACUGGCAACUGCACCGCAACAAUCUCCACGGCGUCCACCAUCUCACCUGCAGCUGCUGUUUCCACUUACUCCACUCGUGUUCUUGACUUGAAAACAGGCACAGUCAAGAAGGAUGGCCAAAACUGUAGGUGCAGACGAUUUUGUGCCCCUUGUUUCCCUACUUGGGCUUUCACUGCAAUAUGGCAUAUUUGAACGUUACUCUUGGUUGCAAUAUCGCUUUGUAAGGAUCUGGACCAAUUUGUACGUCUCGAAUUUCGAUUUUCAUUUGCGCGCACUUCUCCGGCUAAACUAAAGGAGAAAGUUGUGAUAAGUGAGGUUGAGUGUUUUUUGAAAAACUACCCAGGCACGCAUGCACAUAAAGCUGAAAGUGAACAAUUUCGACGAAAAUUACAUGUCUUCGAGCCGCAGGCC